CCGGGUGCCAUGGAGACGGCGCCGCGCCAGCCCCCUCCUUCCUUGAGACCCGGGAGGCGCUGGGCGGGCGGCAGAGUCCGGCGGACCGCAGCACUGCGAGGGCGCUGCACCCGGGACCCCAGGGAGUGAGCGCCCCCUUCCCAACUGCUAGCGACCCGGUGAAGCGGGGCUGAGGGUAGACCACUCAUCCCUUGUGUCUCUCUGCCCCAGCCCACCCACCCGAAGGUGCCCGCCUUCAUUGAAGAGUGUCCCGGAGCAGACAGUAUGGAGGACGAGCCCGCCCAGCCUCCCAAUGGCAGCUGGCCCUUGAGUCAGAAUGGGAGCGAGGCUGAGGCUGCCCUGGCCGCCAGCCCCGUCUUCUCCUCCUACUACCAGCACUCCUCGCCAGUGGCCGCCAUGUUCAUCGUGGCCUACACCCUCAUUUUCCUCCUCUGCAUGGUGGGCAACACCCUGGUCUGCUUCACUGUUCUCAGGAACCGGCACAUGCGCACCGUCACCAACAUGUUCAUCCUCAACCUGGCCGUCAGCGAUCUGCUGGUGGGCAUUUUCUGCAUGCCCACCACCCUUGUGGACAACCUCAUCACUGGUUGGCCUUUUGACAAGGCCACAUGCAAGAUGAGCGGCUUGGUGCAGGGCAUGUCUGUGUCUGCAUCCGUCUUCACGCUGGUGGCCAUCGCCGUGGAAAGGUUCCGCUGCAUCGUGCACCCUUUCCGCGAGAAGCUGACUCUCCGUAAGGCACUGUUCACCAUCGCAGUGAUCUGGGCGCUGGCGCUGCUCAUCAUGUGUCCCUCGGCGGUCACUCUGACCGUCACGCGCGAGGAACAUCACUUCAUGCUGGACGCUCGCAACCGCUCCUACCCGCUCUACUCGUGCUGGGAGGCCUGGCCGGAGAAGGGCAUGCGUAAGGUCUACACCGCAGUGCUCUUUGCUCACAUCUACCUGGCGCCGCUGGCGCUCAUCGUGGUGAUGUACGCGCGCAUCGCGCGCAAGCUGUGUCAGGCCCCGGGCCCAGCGCGCGACGCGGAGGAGCCGGUGCCCGAGGGUGGCCGCGCGUCGCGCCGCAGGGCUCGCGUGGUGCACAUGCUGGUCAUGGUGGCGCUCUUCUUCACGUUGUCCUGGCUGCCGCUCUGGGCGCUGCUGCUGCUCAUCGACUAUGGGCAGCUGAGCGAGUCGCAGCUUCACCUGCUGUCGGUUUACGCUUUUCCCCUGGCACACUGGUUGGCCUUCUUCCACAGCAGCGCCAACCCCAUCAUCUACGGCUACUUCAAUGAGAACUUCCGCCGUGGCUUCCAGGCUGCCUUCCGUGCACAGCUCUGCCGGCCACCCUGGGGAGCCCACAAGCAAGCCUACUCCGAGAGGCCCGGCGGCCUCCUGCGCAGGCGGGUGGUGGUGGGUGUGCAGCCCAGCGACUCGGGCCUGCCAUCCGAGUCUGCCGCCAGCAGCGGGGCCGCAGGGCCUGGCCGCCUACCUUUGCGCAAUGGGCGUGUGGCCAACCAGGAUAGGCCCAGGGAAGGACCUGGCUGCAACCAUGUGCCCCUCACCAUCCCAGCCUGGAACAUCUGAGGUGGUUCAGAGAAGGCAGAUCCAGUGGGCCUAUGGCUGUGACCCUGAACCGUGAUGCCUGGAUACAACAACAUUGGAAGAGCGUGCCAAGAUGCAUCCUUGAUUUAAAAACGAGACAGUGGGUGGCUGCUGCUGAUGGCAAAUGAGAAGGGGAAACCUCCAACGUUCCAAACCCCGUCUGCUCUGGAGCCACAU